UCAAUGUAUAUAAAAGUUAUACACAUAUUGUUGUGAACAACACGUUGAGUGAUGUAAUAUUUUUGUGACCAUCGAUGACAUCAUUUUAAAAACCAUUAUACCAUUGGAUCAAUUGGUUGGAAGACAAUAAUAAUAAUUUAUAAUAAGAACUUGAUUUUUUGGGUUUUGUUUGCCUCCUUCUCCAUCUAAAUCCGUGUCCAAAGAGAUACUUAAUUAUUAUAACCGCGUUAUUACAGUACUAGUGAUGUCUGCAGACAACAGUUUAGCCGAAGACAUAUUGAAACUGUUGGACAAAAGACAGAAAUUGAAUUCACUGAGUCUAUCGAAUGAGCUGUCUAUUGAUCAUCAGCGGUUGGUCGGCGCUAUCAAGUCGUUACAAUCCAUAGGCGAACUGAUCCGAUGUCAGCAAACAGAAACCAAACGUCUGGAUCUGACUCAAGAAGGCCGACAUAUUGCCGACAAUGGCAGCCACGAAGCUAUUGUUUUCAAUGCUGUUCCAGCCGGCGAUGAUGGCGGCAUUGAACAGUCGCUGCUGAUGAAGAUAAUCGGCAACCCGUCAGUGGCCAAACUUGGCUUCAGUAAAGCCAUGUCGCAGAAGUGGAUCGCUAUCGACAAGAGUUCCAACAAAUCGAUUGUCAAACGAAAUGUCCAGUCGAUUGAAGAUGAAGUACAAGUGUUGUUGAAAAAGAUCGGUUCUUUGACUAUCGAUGAGGUUAGUGAUCAGCAAAAACAAGAUCUAAAGAAACGAAAACUGAUUCAGGAAGUAGUGGUCAAAAGCUAUGACAUCGAAAAAGGAGAUAACUUUACGCUGAAUAUUGUCAAACAAGAAACAGAUUUGACGGCUGAAAUGAUUUCGAAGAAUACAUGGAAAGACAAACAAUUCAAAGAUUAUAACUUCGACGCCAUGGGUAUAGCACCCGAUAGGGGACACUUGCAUCCAUUGUUAAAAGUUAGGGAACAAUUUCGACAGAUAUUCUUGGAGAUGGGCUUCUCGGAGAUGCCGACCAAUCGGUUUGUCGAAAGUUCUUUCUGGAACUUUGACGCCCUGUUUGUACCGCAAAAACAUCCGGCUCGCGAUCUUCAGGACACCUUUUUUCUGGCAGAUCCGGCAAACUGUACACAAUUACCCGUCGAAUAUAUGGAAAAAGUUAGAUCAGUUCAUAGUUCGGGCGAUUUUGGUUCCCAAGGCUAUCAGUACGACUGGAAGACCGAAGAAACCCAGAAGAAUGUAUUGCGUACGCAUACGACCGCUGUUAGCGCCCGAAUGCUCUACCAAUUGGCUCAGGAAUGCCAACGGGACGGAAAGCCGUUCAAAGCGGCCAAAUUGUUUAGCAUUGAUCGGGUUUUUCGUAACGAAACACUAGACGCCACACAUUUGGCCGAAUUUCAUCAGAUCGAAGGUGUUGUUGCCGAUGUUGGCGUUACGUUAGGCGACCUCAUGGGUCUGAUUCAGGAGUUUUUUCUUAAGUUGGGUAUCAAACGGUUACGUUUCAAACCGACCUAUAAUCCGUACACUGAACCAUCGAUGGAAGUGUACAGCUAUCACGACGGACUGAAAAAAUGGGUAGAAAUCGGUAAUUCGGGUGUUUUCCGACCCGAAAUGCUGCUGCCAAUGGGUUUGCCGCCCAAUGUCAACGUAUUGGGUUGGGGUCUGGGUCUGGAACGGCCGACAAUGAUUAAGUACGGUAUCGAUAACAUCCGUGAUCUAUGCGGUCAUAAAGUUGAUCUACAAAUGGUUUACGACAAUCCUGUUUGUAUACUUGAAAAUCAUUGAUAUAUUUAUUAUUAUUGUUUUUUCUCUUUUGUAAUCAAUUAUCAACAAAAAAAAUUAUUAAUACAUUU